AUGGUUAAACUCAGAUGUAAAGUUGGUAUUCUCGGAGAUUCCACUGUUGGAAAAACAAGUCUUAUCAAAAUGUUCAAAGAAAGAACAUUUCCGAAUCAAUAUUUAAUGACAAUUGGAGCUGAUUUAUAUACAAAAACAAUUGAUGUUCCUGUUGAAAAUCAAGUAGAACUAUUUAUUUUCGAUAUUAGUGGAUCAUCAAUUUAUGAAAAAUCAUACAACGAAUAUAUCGAUGGUUUGAAUGCUUUUAUUAUUGUCUAUGAUGCAACCAAUCCAGAAACAUUUACAAAUUUAACAAAAUGGUACAGAUUGUGUAAGAGUGUAAGAACUAGUAACAGCAGUCAAAAGAAGCACGACAAAUCACUAUUAGGUGUAUUAGUAGGAAAUAAGAGUGACCUAGGUGCUUUUGAAAAGGUAACUAGACAUCAAGGUGAAGAAUUUGCUAGGGAAUGUGGAUUGGAAUUCUUCCAAACUGCCACAAAUACUGAUGAUGGAAAUGUAGAACAACCAUUCUUACAUAUUGCUGACAGUUUCUAUAAAUCAUUCUUAGAAAGAGUUGAGGAAAUUAAGUACGUCUGUGAACAUAAGACAGCACACAAACUGUAA